GUGGAGUGGAGUAAAGUGUGACAGACAAAAGGUUGAAUCACAGAAAAGCCAUUUCUUAGUUGGCAUUAGUGUUUGAGUCGUCCACCGGUGUGGACUAUUUCGUAUUCCUACCAUGAAGUUCUGUGGGUUAGCAUUCGUGGUCUUGGCAGCUGUAGUACUUGAAGUGCAGGGACUAAUCGAUGCUCCCGAACAGAAGGAGCUUUUAGCUCCUGAAGAAACGGCUCUUAUCAACCCUUUUGGAAUCGCACGCUGUCUGAUUAAUAUUCCUCUGAGCGCAUUGAGAGGAGUGUGGUACUCCUUCAUGUCGUGCACCGAAGAAGUUCCAUGGCCUUAUUACUUUCCGUGUGUUGGAGCCACCCUCGUGGAAAGUGUCGGCGUGACCAUCCUCGAGACCAUUUACUGCUUCGGUCAGCAACCAGCUUAACGCAUGUAACUUGCAAGGCAAUAAUUCAAUAAAUGGGGGAAAAAUUG